CUCUUUCUCAUUAAUCCAGAAAAUUUGAACCCCUUUCAGAUUUCACAACAUGCAAAUCGGACGCAGUUACAACACAUUUAUAUCGUAAUCUUUAUACAUGCACAAAUUACACACAUAUAUAUACACACAUACACAAAUAUAUAAACAUAUAUGUAUAUAUAUAAACAUAUAUAUUUAUAUAUAUCCAAAACCCUUGCUGAAUUCUGAUUCCUGGCCAUGGAUGUUAUUUUUGAGCUCCAGAGAGGGAGAUCCUUCACAAUUGAAGUUGGUUAUUUCGACACCGUUCUCGAGAUCAAAGAGAAGGUUCAGAAAUACCAAGGGAUUCCCAUUUCCCACCAAACCUUAAUCUUCAAUGGCCGAGUCCUUGAUGAUGAACGCAACGUUGAAUACUGCGACAUCUACAACAAUUCCCGCGUCCAACUCCUCAUCGCAUCUGAAUUCGAUAAACCGGCGAACAAUAGCAAUUGUAAUAACAAUGUGAAGGCUAUGGAGGAGUACUGCCCGAAGAAAAUCCAGCUCAACGUGAAGACCCCAACGUCCAAAAUGCAUGUCCCUAUUGAAAUGGAUGUAAACGACACUGUCUCGAAGCUAAAAGAGAAAAUCCAAGCGAUGGAUCAAUCCAUUCCACUUAAUCGUUUGGUGCUUCAUGCAGUUGGGAAUGAGUUACAUGAUCAUCGCUCGUUGCAUGAAUGCGAGCUUUCAGACAAUGCGGAGAUAGAGGUGAGCUUGAGACCUUCAGCUCCUGCAACCUCACCUGUGUCAAUGGGUGGGGCUGGAGUUGGUGGCGGAUGUGGAAUGGGGUCCAAAAAUAAGCUGAAGCUUAUGGUCUUGACAAAGUGUGGGACGAAGAAGAUUGCGGUGGACGUGAACCCAUUGGAUAAUGUAGGAGAACUGAGGAAGGAGCUGCAGAGGUUGCACCAAAGUCAAAUGAAUUUUCAUUUGCCGCAGGAGAGCUAUUUCUUCAUCUAUAAGCAGAAUGUGAUGGAGGACGACAGGUCGUUUCGAUGGCAUCAGGUUGCGCAGGGUGAUACUAUAGAGAUUUUUAAUGGUAGCGUAACCGGUGGAUCGUAGAUUAAGCUAUUGAGCUACAACAUUUUUCAUUUUGUUAGCAUGAUUUUUAAUUAUUAUUUUUUAAUUUGGAAUAAUUAGUGAUGUGAUUAUAUAAGUGUGAUUUUUCUAAACCCUUCUUUUCCAAGUUGCUACCUAACUUGAGCCUUGAAAGUAACAGUGAAUUAUUCACAUUUUUUUUCUUGUUAGAAGAGGGACAAAGAAAACGUAGAAUCAAUAACUAUCUUGAUUGCAUGUUAGAACAGUGAAUUAAUCACAUUUUUUUUUUCUAAACAAGGAUGACUGAAAAUCAUUAAUCAACUACUAAAUAAAAUCAAGAUAAUCAACUGAGCGAGGAUGAAAUUAGAAUCUAAAUCAAGCAAUUUGAUUUUCAUGCUUAAUGGUGAGAAAUAUGUUUAGGACCAACCAACGCACGUGAAUCUAUUACAUAAGGCAUACACAAAUAAAAAAAAAUGAGAAUAAGACUGACGUAGCUUUGCCCGUUGGCGCAAGGCAGGACGUAAAUUGCUCGCGCAUUUGAGCCACUUUCGCAUGCAUCAAUUGUUCUCUUCAAGAUACACUUUGAGGUUGAAGGUCAAUUUCCAAGUAUCUCCUGACCAAAAGGAAAUGCAUUGGAUACAUCCAAUAUCGUCCCAUGGUUGGUCCCAACAAAGGAUCCAACCAAGCAAAGCCCCAGAAUCGUUUUAAGAAAGACUCCAGCAUCCUCCACCAAGCACCUCAAAGUUCAAAUCCGCAGCCACCAAAAAAAUGGAAACCAGUGAGAAAAUACUUCUCACAAGCAACAGUGUCGAAACCGGCACACAGACUUGCUCUUAAAAUAUCUCUUGACCAAAAGGAAAUGCAUUGGAUGCAUCCAACAAAGUUGGUCCCAACCCAACAUAAUUAUUGCCCACUUUCAUAAAAUAAGAGCCACCCACCCCACUUGGAAUACAAUACUAUGUCUUUUUUGGGGAAAGGGAUUCUCUCCGAUCCCUUCCUUCUAAUCUAACAAGUUCGGAGAUUCGGACCAUUGAAAUUUGAUCAAACGGCUACAAACAGUGGCCCACUUUAAAAAUUAUAAUAACUUUAAC